AUGGUAGCGAAAACAAUUAUACAGCAAGAAUCUCUGCUUAAUUAUGGUUGCGAACUUGGGGAAGGAUCGCUUUGGGACGCUAGAAGACAACGACUGUAUUUCGUAGAUAUCCUAGGUUGCAGGAUAUACACGUAUGAGCCGUCUACGGGCAUACAUGGGUAUCAAUCGUUUGAUCGAAAUGUCACUGCUUUAGCUUUACUUGAGGAUGAUACUGGACUCCUGGCAGCUAUACAAGACGGUCUCGCUUUCAUCAGCUUUGAUCAAUUGCCGUUCCCUCCCACUAAUUCAGACUCCACUUAUAAGCGUUUGCCCGUCGAUAUCGGUCAUCUAAAAGGCUUCAACCGUUUCAACGAAGCUUGCGUGGAUCCAUCGGGGAAACGAUGGCUAGUCGGGACCAUGAUGCACGAAGAAGACUUCCCUGCUUCCGCUGGAGGCGGUCUGUACGCCGUAACCCAAUCAGGCGAUGGACUAGCGGCAGACUUGCUCCUAGAUCAGCUCACUGUGUCCAAUGGUAUGGGAUGGACAAAAGAUUCUAAAACUCUGUACUUCACUGACAGCUUGCGAAAGCAAAUCGGUAAAUAUGAUUACGACAUUAGCACUGGAAAGGUCAGCAACAAGAUAAUAUUUAGCAAUGUGGACGAUGAGAACCUGGGAGUACCAGACGGUAUGUGCCAAGACGACCAAUACGGCAUUUGGUCCGCGCGUUGGGGAUCAGGCAAAGUCAUCCGCUUCACACCGCAAGGCGAGAUUGACCUCAUCGUGCACUUACCACAAGCUUUGAACGUCACUUCUUGCAUAUUCGGUGGCUCUAACCUCGAUGAACUAUACAUAACUUCGGCAAAAACCGGAACUACCGAUGAGCAGAUCAAGAAACAUCCUCUCAGUGGGGAUUUGUUCGUUGUCAAGGAUUUAGGUUUCAAAGGAAGGGAGCGAACUCGAUUCUCCGGAGAUUUCAGUAAAUAG